CGUGACGUCAUCGCGUCACAAGACAAGCAACAUGGCUGCCUUCUUGUUGGUACACAUAUAUUUCUUAUAAGCCGUCUAACGUAGACUUUAGUGUAUGAAAUAGCUAAACAUAUCUUUGACUCCUUUUCUAUGUAGUUUAUGUACACUGUACAGUUGUUCUACACUGAGAACAAGCUCCAAAACAGGUGUGUAUAACUCGAUCAAUUCGGGUUUCCUCGUCAUGGCUUCUGCAUUUGUCGUCGGGAAUACAUUUAUAAAUAAAGUAAGAGGAUUACUAGAAGACACACACUCAGCUCUUCCCAAAGGACUGAGAGAAGAUCUGGAGGAGACACUGAAAAAAUCAGAACCAACAACUCUGUCCUUCAGUACAGCAAGACAGCUCAAGAAAUACCUCCAGGAUAAAGGACACCCUUUCUACCUGCAUGAGCUUCUGGAAGACGGCUCCCUCGACCUGCCUGAGGUGGUGAAGCCUCCCAGAAACCCCGUGCUGGUCGCUCGUCUUGAGAAGAUAAAAGCCAAACUAGCCAACGAGGAAUACAACAGAAUCACAAGAAACGUCAACGCUCAGGAACUCAGUCGCAGUGGAACAUUAGCAGAUAUUGGACUGCAAGUGCGCUCAGCCAAAGCCGUGGUGUUGACAGUAUUUAACUUCCUGGUCACAGUGGUCGCUGCGUUCGCCUGUUCCUACAUGGGGAGUCAGUACCUGUUCACUGACACAGCAGCGAGAGUAAUAGCAGCGGUGAUUGCUGCUUCUGUAGUCGGGCUGGCUGAGCUGUACGUGCUGGUCCGGACCAUGGAGGGAGAACUGGGGGAGCCUUAGCAGCUGUGCAGAAACAAACAAAGGGAACACAUUCAUCUGUAAUGUUUGAAGAACUUUUCUCAGCCUCACAAAGCCUUCUGAUUCAGAACAGACAUCUCACUCUGCGGUAAAAAAAAAGUGGACUUUCCCCCCCAUUAUGACAGGAGCAUAAGUGGAAUUUUUGAAGAUGAUUUAAGUUUCUGAGAAUGUACAAAAUGAAGAUACAGAGAAGAGCACAAAAAGGAUGGGGGGCAGGUUAAAGGUCAGAAAAUAGGCGUUAAAUGUAGGUUGUACUCUUUUCUUUUAAAGCUCCUGUGAGGGACGUUCAGUUUGUGUCGAUGUUGGCGCCCCCUGUGGUUAAGCGGUACCUCUUAUGUCUCUUUUUACCCUGUUCAUGUGUAAAUUAUUUUUACAGUGAAACAUAUCACUCAUCAGGAAUCUUCGCUGUGGAAAUUGUAAAAAAGUCUGUUUCUGCUGUGUGCUGUUAGUUUCUUUGUUGUCUGACAUUGACUCUCUGGUCUCGUUUGCUUUGGUAGCUCAUAAAGAGGCAUCAGUAUUCAUGUUGGUCUGUUUCAUUAAAAAUCUCCUUAAAGGGGCUUUGACUACAUUCCACCUGCCAGACACAAAAUAUGAGACAUUUAUAAUUUAUUCUGUUUUAUGUUUUUCAACUUUGUCCUGUAUUUUAAAUGUUGUUACCUGUUGACAUUUGACUCCUUCCUUUCUGUUCUCAGGUGAAAUCAUAUUUUUUUGCUUUCAAUAAAAUCAUCUGCACGGACUGGUACAAAUUCUCAAA